GCCUGCCCGGGGCCGGAGCAUGGCGGCGGAGCAGCCGGGACGGCGCCCGGACCCCGAGCUGGCCUCGGCGUGCGGCUGGUCGCCCGUUGCCGCGGACUGGGACGUUUGUGGCCCCCCGCUCUCGGAGGAAGGCAGCGAUGAAGACGAGCCCGCAGACAGAGCACUCCCUGAGGACCCGGAGACCUGCCUGCAACUCAACAUGGUCUACCAGGAGGUGGUGCGGGAGAAGCUGGCCGAGGUGGGCCGGCUGCUGGCCCAGAACCGGGAGCAGCAGGAGGAAAUCUCGUGGCUGCUGGCCGGGUCGAAAGGCCCCAAGGUGAAGGACGCCAAGGGCCUGCCACAGAACGUGUACAUCGGGCACUUCAUGAAGCCGUACUUCAAGGACAAGGUCACGGGAGUGGGGCCUCCUGCCAACGAGGACACGCGCGAGAAGGCCACCCAGGGCAUCAAGACGUUCGAGCAGCUCCUGGUGACUAAGUGGAAGAGCUGGGAGAAGGCCUUGCUCCGGAAGUCGGUGGUGAGCGACCGCCUGCAGCGCCUGCUUCAGCCCAAGUUACUGAAGCUCGAGUACUUGCGCCAGAAGCAGGGCCGCGUGUGCAGUGAGGCCGAGCGGCAGGCCCUGGAGCAGCAGGCCCGGGAGGCGGAGCGCGACGUGGAGCGCAUCAACCAGCUCCCGGAGGAGGCCCUGCUGGGCAGCAGGCUGGACAGCCAUGACUGGGAGAAGAUCGCCAACGUCACGUUUGAAGGCAGCCGCAGCGCUGAGGAGAUCCGGAAGUUCUGGCAGAACUCGGAGCACCCGAGCAUCAACAAACAGGAGUGGGGCGCCGAGGAGCUCGAGCGGCUGCGGGCCAUCGCUGCCUCGCACGGCCACCUGCGGUGGCAGGCCGUGGCCGAGGAGCUGGGGACGGGCCGCAGCGCCUUUCAGUGCCUGCAGAAGUUCCAGCAGCAGAGCAAGGACCUGAAGCGCAGGGAGUGGACGCCCGAGGAGGACCGCAUGCUCACCCAGCUGGUGCAGGAGAUGCGCGUCGGGAGCCACAUCCCAUACCGUCGCAUCGUCUACUACAUGGAGGGGAGAGACUCUAUGCAGCUCAUCUACCGCUGGACCAAGAGCUUGGACCCCAGCCUGAAGAAGGGGUCCUGGGCCCCCGAGGAAGAUGCUAAGCUGCUCCAGGCCGUUGCCAAACACAGGGAGCAGAACUGGUUUAGAGUGCGGGAGGAGGUGCCAGGCAGGAGCGAUGCCCAGUGCCGAGAUCGGUAUCUCCGAAGGCUGCAUUUCAGCUUGAAGAAGGGACGCUGGGACCCGAAGGAAGAGGAGCAGCUGCUGGAGCUGAUUGCCAAGUAUGGCGUGGGUCGUUGGGCGAAGAUCGCAGCUGAGCUGCCCCACCGGUCAGGCUCCCAGUGUCUGAGCAAGUGGAAGGGCCUAGCCGAGAGGCGGCCCCACCUGCGCCGGCAGCAGCGGCGCCGGCCACAGAGGCGCAGCACACGCUGGAGCUCCAGCAGCAGCGACAGCGACCCCGGCAGCCAGGGCAGCGGUGACAGCAGCAGUAGCAGUGAGGACACAGAGCCCGAGCCGGAGGAGUCCUGGCGGCGUGGCCAAGCACCGCCUUCUCCUCAGCACGUGGUGCCAGACAUGGACCUGUGGGUGCCAGCCCGGCAGAGCCCCAGCCAGCCUCGCGGGGCAGGGGUCAGGACCUGGACGCAACAGCCAGUGGCUGGCGGAGCCACAGCAGACCGCCGGGAAGCUCCUGCCGUGGCCUCCGCUCCCGCAGCCCCAAGGCAAGCUCAGACCCCCAGUGGAAGUGAGCUGAGCCCCCGGACAGGGGACCCUCGGCCUGCAAGCCCAGAGGAGUCAGCCUGCCAGGGCGGGAAGCAGCUGCCGGAGGGGCCUCUGGAGACGGUGCUGGGGGUGCCGAGGCCCGAGGCAGCCUGGAGCAGCAGGCUGAAGGAGAAGCUGAGGCGGCCGCCCCUGCCCAGCUCCGCCCUGGGGCCUCGCCUUGGCACCUUCCGGAAUGGGCACCGCCGGCAGAGACCCAGCUUGCAGCGCAGGCUCCUGAAACGCAGGCUUCUGUUGGCCGUGAGCCCCUGGGUGGGCCCUGCGCCCCUGCCCAGCCCGCAGGCUGCGCACACUCGAGCCGAUGGCAUCCGCACGCGCCUGAAGGACGUCCAGCUGCCCAGCAGGCCUGUGUUCACCCUGUUCAUCCAGCUCUUCCAGAUUGACACUGCUGGCUGCAUGAAGGUUGUGGAAGAGAGGAAGGCCCAGCCGCCCGCACUGGCCCAGGUUGGCCCUCAGAGCCUGUCACACCUGCCACAGGCUCCCAGCAAGGCCCAGCGUGCCCCAGGCUGCCUCUUCCCAAGCCCGCCACCUCCAGCUGCAAAGGCCACCAACCACCGACAGGAUGCGCGGCCACGGCGUGCCCUGUGCUCCCCCUGCGGCCCCCGGCCCAAGCCCAAGACGGUGUCCGAGCUGCUCCGAGAGAAGCACCUGCGGGAGGCCCGUGCACGCAAGGCCGCCCAGACCCCCGCAGUCCUCCCGACUCAGCUGCUGCUGUCACCCCUGAUCCUGCAGCCUUCUCUGCUGCCAACCCCCGACGGCAGCACCCCCACCCCAAGCCCUGGGCUAGCUGCCAGUCCCCACACCCUGGGCGAGAGGACCCUGCUGCUGCCUGCCCCACCCCUCCCUCUGGCAGGCAGCCUCCCCACUGCCGCCCAGAAGCAGGGCCUGGCAGCUGCGCCCCAAUUCCUGUCUGUGCUUCAGGGCCCUGCUCUGCUGCCCGGGCAGCCCCUUACCUGGCUGCUCACAGCCCCGGGCCUGCUGCCUGUGCCCGUGCCACCCCUGGCCGACAUCCCCCAGCCCACGAGGGCGCCGCAGCCACCGGCACUGCCCGAGACACCUGCCUGCUCGGGACAGCCCCCAGCCACUGUGAAUGGUGGCCCAGCCCCCGCCUCCAAGACGGACCCCUUGCCCACCCCUCCCCUGGCCUUCAGCGCUGCAGAAGCGGGUGGUGGGGUCCCUGCACCCGGAGAGACCUCUGUGCCCCGGGCCCCGCUCCAAGCUGGCCACCCUGACACCAUGUGCCCUGAGCCCAGCCAGCUGCCUGCCCCCAGUGACCCAGGAGGACCAUCAGAGCCGGAGAAGCCACCGCCUCCCUGCCUGGGGCCAGAGAAGGGGGCCCUGGACCUGGACCUGCUCUCCCGGGAAGACGAGGGGACCGUCCAGGCAUGGCUGAAGGGACAGCAUGGUGUGCACGUGUCCCCACUGCAGAGCCGGCUGCCCUACCAGCCCCCGACCCUGUGUGGCCUGCGUGUGCUGGCCCGGCUGCUGCUGCAGAAGAAGGGUCUGGAAAGCCAGGCGGCCUCCCUGGCGGCCGGGCCCGGGGCCCUGCAGGCCGCUCUGCAGCUGGCCCGGGAGCAGCUACAGGACAACCCUGCCUACCUGCUGCUCAAGGCAAGAUUCCUGGCCAUGCUCACCCUCCCUGCGCUGCUAGCCACCCUGCCUCCUCCGGGAGUGCCCACCACCCUGUCAGCCCUGGGCACGGGCUCUGAGAGCGAGGACGAGGCCCUGGGCGACCUGCACCUCUGCCAGGAGGACAGGGGCCUGCCGGGGCCACCGGCCACCAGCCUCAGCCAGGGAGUGCUGGCUGCAGGUCCAGGCGCUGCCCCCACCUGCCCUGGGGCCGUGGAUGACCUCAACGUGCUCCGGACCCGGCGCUCCUGGCACCCCCGGAAACAGAGAUGAGGGUGAGGCUCCCGCUGGAAGCCAGGACCCCCCGCCAUGGCCGCCUAAGGAAUAAAUCAAAGUUGGAUUUUUGUCACACAGCAGGCUGGUGUGUGUUUGUCAUUUGCAGGCCCUGGGCUGGAAUGUGGCCAGCUGCGGGUUGGGGACGGCCGCCGGCUAGCUGGCUCCCCCCGCAGGGUCUGCCCUGCCUCCCACCCUCAGCUGACUUCUGCCCAGGGGAACAGGAGACCAGAGACGGUCAGCAGUCCUUGUGGCUCUGGCUGUGGGUGAAGCUGUCGGCCGCAGAAGGCUAAGCGGUGCCUUCCCCAGUCUGCUGCAGCCACGCAGCGCUCCUCCGUGCAGCCACGCAGCACACAGCCACGCAGCGCUGCCCCUGUGUUCCUGUGGCGUGGGCCAGCCCCAGGCCCACUCCAGCGCUGUGUCUGCAGGCCCGUGUGCUGCUUUGGGCCCUGGCAGUGUUGUCAUUCCUGUGGCUGCUAAGUACACUGACACCAAAUGCCAGGAUGCCUUGCUGAUCUGGGCCUUAAUUCUUAAAAAAAAAACCCAAAAAACAGCUCCCUGCCUGUGGCCUGGUA